CAUUUGGUCUGUGUGUUGUGUUGUGUUGUUGUUGUUUAUCUUCUUCUUCUUCUUCAAUCCGACGGGAAAAAGAGUUCCGACAAAAAUCAAGAACUGAAAGAUUUGUCAUUUGUCUCUCAAAUAUCUGCGGAGAGAAGAGAAAGUAUCAAAUCAAGAAGACAGUGUUGUGGGAGAGAUGAGUUCGUCUCUACCUCUGAGGCUACUUCUUCUUCCUCUUACAACUUCUCUGAUUUCUCCUCCUCCCCCAGAUUCUUUCCAUGCUCCUUCUCCGUUCAGAUCGAAAAACCCUAAUUUCAAUCGCCGAUUUUCUUCUUCUUCUUCUUCUUCUUCUACCUCUUGUCCUUCCCAGUCACAGCUUCUCUCUGGGAGAUUCAGAUCCUCUUCUCCGUGUGUUACCAUGUGCUUACCUGAACACACGAGAAAUCAAGAGAACACAGAAAUCUUGACAGAUCAAGAUGACCACAUUGAAUGUGUGCUUGAAUCGGAUGAAGAUUCAGGGCUCAGGAUUCCGACUCAAGCUCAGGCUAUCGUUGAAGGAUCUGGUUCAGUUGCGGUUUCAGAGCUAAAACCCGCUGCUGAUGUAGAUUACAUACAAGAGCUAUUAGCGAUACAACAACAAGGGCCUAGAUCAAUUGGCUUCUUUGGGACAAGAAAUAUGGGUUUCAUGCAUCAAGAACUGAUUGAGAUACUUAGCUAUGCCAUGGUUAUAACCAAAAAUCAUAUAUAUACAUCAGGUGCAUCUGGAACUAAUGCGGCAGUGAUCAGAGGUGCAUUGAGAGCAGAGAGACCAGAGCUGCUUACAGUAAUAUUACCCCAAAGUUUGAAAAAACAACCUCCUGAGAGCCAGGAACUCUUGUCUAAAGUACAAAACGUGGUAGAAAAGCCACACAAUGACCAUUUGCCAUUAUUAGAAGCCAGCAGGCUGUGUAAUAUGGACAUCAUAUCACAAGUACAACAAGUGAUCUGUUUCGCGUUUCAUGACAGUAAGCUUCUCAUGGAGACAUGUCAAGAAGCUAAAAAUCUACGCAAGAUUGUCACUCUCUUCUACCUCGAUUGAUUCUCUCACUCUUUUAUCUUCUUCUCGUUACAAAACAGAGAAGCUAAGAUAAGCCUCGUUGUAAAUUAUGAAAAUCUUCUUGAUUAAACAAACACACACACAACCAAUUAUAUUCUUUUGUCUAGAUUUUGAUACACAUCAGUGCUAUUUUUAUAAGAUUAUUUAUUUCUCAA